CUUUCUACUGGCUUAUCCGCUGGUGGAAGUGUGUCGAAACGAGGGGAAGUGAGCAGAUGUCAGAGGCUGUUAGAUCCUCCGAUAGAUUUGAAUAAUUAGAUAUCAAAGCGAAUAUGGAGGUAAAUGAGUGCAAUUAUGAUGCACUUAGUCUCGAUGAAGCCUGUGCUCUUUUCGAAAACACCAAGAGCAACUUUGAGCUGGGGAUUUAUUCAGUGAUAACAGACUGCGUUUUGUGCCCCUUCUCGAGAAUUUCUACAGUUGACACUCGGCAAAAUGCGAGUUUUAUUUUUGACAGUGCGAAAACACACAUCUGGAGGAUUUUUCAUGGGGAGAAUCUUGGGAAUUAUAAGUUUCCCAAUGAUACCAGAAGUUUGAUUUGCGAACUCAAGCCACGACUAGGACAAUAUGGACUGUAUAAAGUAACAGUGGAGGAUUUCGGCUGCGAGAUUACCACAAUCAAACAACCAGCAAAUCCCUACACACCUCUUGUCGUUAUCUUUGCUUUGCUCCUGUGUGCUCUUCUCCUCCUAGCGUCCGGGAGAAUCCUCAAGAAGUACUUAAGGAGUAAACCGGGAGUUCCAAAUCUAGGAGAAUCCAAUGAGGAGAGAUUGAGUGGAAAACGACGCGUUCUAUCCAUCGAUACGUUUCGAGGGAUGAGCAUCUUGAUGAUGAUCUUCGUGAAUAAUGGAGCAGGGGGUUACGCAGCUCUAGAGCAUAAAACGUGGAACGGACUUUUUAUUGGUGACCUGGUAUUCCCUAGUUUCAUUUGGAUCAUGGGCGUCUGCAUUCCCAUCGCCUUGACCUCGCAAUUGUCACGAGGAGUUCCGCGGUGGCAAAUAUGUGCCAAUAUCGUCAGACGUGGCUUUUUGUUAUUCUUCAUUGGAGUUUGUUUAAACACAAUUGGAACUACUGCCCAAUUCGAGACUAUUAGGGUUUUUGGAGUUCUCCAGAGGUUCGGAGUUGCUUAUCUAAUUGUUGGGAUUAUUUAUAUUAUUUUGAGUAGAAGACAGUCUCAAAAAUUUCAGCAUGGGUUUUUCGCAAAAACUGAAGAUUGCUUAUCACUGCUGCCACAGUGGAUUGUCAUUUUGGGUAUCGUUGUAGCUCAUUGCAUGAUUACAUUUGGUUUGAAAAUUCCAGGAUGUCCCACAGGAUAUCUCGGUCCAGGCGGAUAUCACAGAUCAGGAGAAUAUUUCAACUGCACAGGUGGUGCUGCCGGAUAUAUCGAUAAAUUAGUAUUGGGAAUCGAUCACUUAUAUCAACAUCCAACGAUCGAUAGAGUCUACGGAUCGGGGCCUUUCGAUCCCGAAGGAAUUCUCGGCUGUCUCACGACGAUAUUCCAGACGUUUCUGGGGGUUCAGGCGGGAAAAAUUCUGAGGAUUCAUAAAAACUGGAAGAGUCGUGUCAUCCGAUGGAUGAUUCUCACCGUCAUAUACGGCGGAAUCGGUUCUAUUCUACAUUUUAAAAAUAUCAUACCUGUCAACAAGAACUUGUGGUCGCUCUCCUUCGUAUUAUUGACAACAAGUUUUGCUCUUGCACUUUUGACCGCUUGUUAUCUACUGGUGGAUGUCGCUCGUGUGUGGAACGGUGGACCAUUCAGAAUUGCAGGCAUGAACGCGCUGCUCAUGUAUAUCGGCCACCAAAUGUGUUACCAAAUAUUUCCGUUCCACUGGAGAUACGGUGCUAUGAAUACCCACUACUGGAAAACAAUCGCUGGCCUGUGGGAAGUCAGUGCAUGGGCUACAAUCGCUUACAUUAUGCACCACAAUCAAAUAUACAUCAGUCUCUGAUAUCAUUUCUAAUAAAAAUCAGCAUCUCAUGUACAAGUCAUUCGAGUAGAAUUCGAAUAGAAAUGAAUAGCCACGAAGAAUUCACCUCUACUUUUCAUAAAUAAUUUAUUCUGUGGCUUACACAUAGUCUUAGCGAUAAACAAUUAUUUAUAUUAUUAAUCAAUGCGAUUUCAUCUAUCCACUAGUUAAGUUAUCCACAUUGUUUUGUUCUCUGUUGGUUUGUUUUCGAAUGAAUAUAAUUAUAGUACCUUUUGCUGUAUUAUCUACAUAAAUGAAAACAAUAAUUUCCCAUGAAGCUGGGGAUGGGGAUUACACUUGUAACAAAAUAGAAAAUCAAACGAAUAAGAAAGAAAGAAAUAUCCACGCACACGCAUACACACCGAUAGUCCCAUCUCUCCAAUUGUUUUAAUUUUUUUAAUUCAAACUUCAUAAAAGCAAAGAAGAAACAAUUUUUAGACAAUAAAAAUUUUAAUAUUCUGGAGUUAUCUCUCGUGUAUUCA